CUCUCGUCUUCCCUUUCGUUCUCUCUUUCUCUCUCUAAAACACACAAACCCUUUUUUUUCUCACUUUUCGUUGCUUCUUUCUCUCUCUGCAUAAGUAUUAACAUAACAUUGCGUUCAUCUCUCUGUUUGUUGCUGUGGCCCUUUUCGUCUUUUUACACUCUCCCUUUUUCCAAAUCCAAUCACACGGUCCAUCUCUUCCCACGUCACCUUCGUCUUCUUCAUACCCUCCCCACCUUCCCUUUCUGCCUCACCCCUUUCUUUUCUCUUUCACUAUAUAACCAUUUUUUCACCCUUUUAGGGUUCCGUUUUCUCAUUCUCAAUCAAACUGCGCCACUCUCUUCAAUCUUCUUCUUCCUUCCAUGUUUUUUUAUACUCCCUUCUCUCUCCUUCAAUCUUCAAUUUCAUCCACGCUCGCUAUUCUUCAGGGUUUCAUUGAGAUCUGUUCGUUGGGGGUUUGAAUUUUUUAAAUUGAGUUCCCGAACGCGCUUUUUGGCGGCAGUUUGGUGUUGUUUGUUAUGUUUGAUGGCAAUUGAGAAGAACAACUUUAAGGUGUCUCGGCUUGAUUCUGAGUGUUCGCCUUUGAGUAGAGAUACCAUGUCUAGUGAUGAAGAUGAUGUUCGGCAUGCCGAAUCUGAGGAUGAUGAUGAUGAGUUUGAUGAUGCUGAUUCUGGUGCUGGGUCUGAUGAUUUUGAUUUGCUUGAAUUGGGUGAGACUGGUGCUGAGUUUUGUCAGAUUGGGAAUCAGACUUGCAGUAUUCCAUUGGAACUUUAUGAUCUUUCGGGGCUUGAAGAUAUACUUUCAGUGGAUGUGUGGAAUGAAUGCUUGAGUGAGGAGGAGCGGUUUGAACUUGCUAAGUAUCUUCCUGACAUGGACCAAGAGACUUUUGUUCUAACCUUGAAAGAGCUUUUUACUGGUUGUAACUUUCAAUUUGGGAGUCCUGUUAAGAAGUUAUUUGGUAUGCUGAAAGGUGGCUUGUGUGAGCCAAGAGUUGCCCUUUACAGGGAGGGCAACUAUUUUGUUCAGAAACGGCAACAUUAUCAUCUGUUGAGGAAGCACCAGAACACCAUGGUUAGCAAUCUUUGUCAGAUAAGAGAUGCUUGGCUCAACUGUAGGGGCUAUAGUAUUGAAGAAAGGCUCCGUGUCCUGAAUAUUAUGACCAGUCAAAAGAGCUUGAUGUGUGAGAAGAUGGAAGAUGUGGAGGCUGAUUCUUCAGAUGAAGAGUCCGGUGAAGGUAUGUGGAAUAGGAAGAACAAGGAUAGGAAAGAUGCUCAAAAAUUGGGUCGAUUUCCUUUCCAUGGUGUGGGCUCAGGUUUAGAAUUCCAUCCGCGAGAACAUUCAGCGAGUAUGGAACAAGAGAAGUCUGUCAAGCAAAACCCUAAAGGUAUACUCAAGCUGGCUGGUUCAAAGACACAUUCAGUAAAGGACCCCACAGGUAUCUUGUCUUCUGCCUACCAUCCUUUCGAUAUGAACCCCAGGCUUAAUGGUUCAGCUUCUGCUCGUUCUCAACAUAAUAAGUCAAUUGGAUAUGAUUUGGGGUCAAUCCGCGGGAGGAGGGAUCAGUUGUGGAAUGGCAACAAUGAGGAAGACAUGUCAUUUGGACUAAACGUCCAUCGAGAUCGUAAUACAUUACGUGGCAGCUUGAUGGACAAGUCUAGUGCUCCGAGAGUGGGAAAGAGGCACAACCUUCUGAGAGGGGAUGAGAUAGAGGGCAACAAUUUGAUGGGCCUGUCUAUGUCUUCAAAGACUGAUCUACGUGGGUACACAAGAAAUCCAACCCAAUCCUCUGAUAUGCAAUUGUUCACAGCAAAGCCAUCUUCUAAGAGAGGUUCCCACGAUUAUCCAAGGAAGGCCAAGUAUGCAGAAAAUGUUCAACAAUUUGUAGGAAGUGAUCAGACGAAGUCAAGAAUGAGGGGUUUCCAGUUACCACUUAAAGUUGAUAUGAUUGACCCAUCAAACCAUGAUGAGCUUUUCUGCAACAAAACACCAGCACAGGAAUUUGGGAUGGAUUCAUUGAUUAAAUAUGAUGAUUGGAAUCCAAAGAACAAGAAACGGAAAGCAGAGAGAGAGUCUCCUGAUCUCAGUUAUACAGCUUAUAGGUCUUCCUCACCACAGGUCAGUGAUAGACACUUAUCCUCUGACUUUAGAACAAAAUCAUUGCAAGAGAAGAUCAGAGGGCCUUUUGUACAGAAUGGAGGAAAAGAUAUGAAGUCUUUGAGGGGUAGUCAUAUGCUCGUAAGAAGUGAAGAAACUGAAUCAGAUUCAUCAGAACGGUUGGAUGAUGAUGAGGAUAAUAAUCCUUUAUUGCAGAGCAAAUUUGCUUACUCAAUCGGUACAGCUGCUGGUUCUCUCACAAAAUCAUUGAAGUCUCAUUUAGAUCCUAAGAAGGCCAAAUUCGGUAGGACAGAUAUGAAGGCACAUAUUAUAACACAAUCCAAAAAGAAAGGUGGCUUUUCAGAGCAAGCGCAGAUGCAUGGUGCAGAGAAUUACCUUUCAAAAAAUGCAAAGCAAAAGAGUAAAAUAAUCAAUGGCGGCCCUUUUCGUAACCCCGCUGGUAAAAUCAUUGAAGAGAGCUAUCCCUCAGGAUCAAAUAUGCUAAAUGUUGGCGAUAAUGAUUGGAGACUGUCAUACAAAAGCAAUAAUGGCCGAAUACAGAGGGAACCCGUUGAAAGGUUUGACAUGCCCUCAUCAACUGCGUAUGCUGCUGAGCCAAAGAAGAAAGGGAGAACUGGCCUUGAUCAUUCUACUAUGAGGUCAAAAUAUUUGCAUGAUUAUGGUAAUGAUGAAGAUGACUCACUUGAGAAUCGGUUGCUAGGGGAUGAAAAUGGAGUUGGACAGAGCAGGUUUUGGAGAAGAGGGCAGAAAAAUGUUGCAUAUAAGGAAGAGCAUAUUGAAAGAUCUGAGGCACCAUUACUUGGUUGUAACUCAGCAAUGAAGAAGCGAAAAAUGAAGUAUGGUGCAACAGAUUUUGGUGGAAGAGAUGAAGAUGUCAAUCUUCUUUCAAGCAACCCUCCCAAGACAGAUGAUUUACCUUCUUCGAAAAGAAAGUCAAAGAAAAAAGCAGGGGCUGAGAUGGUUAUUGCUGAAAUGGAAAAUUCUGAACUGCUUGUUACUGAUAUGGGGACAGCAGACAUGGAACUGGAAACCAAGCCACAGAAAAAGCCAUUUAUUUUGAUCACACCGACUGUUCAUACUGGAUUUUCAUUUUCUAUUGUACAUCUUCUUUCAGCAGUCCGCAUGGCAAUGAUUAGUCCACCUGCAGAAGCCAGUUUAGAGCCGGGGAAACCUAUAGAACAGCAGGACAAAGUGCCAGAAGACAAUCUCAAUGGUGUUCUUUCUAGUGAUAAGGUGGCUGCCAAUGGUGAACCUGCUAACCAAUCGAAUAUGUCAUCCCUUACUGUUCAGGAGAUUGUCAAUCGUGUGAGAUCAAACCCUGGCGAUCCCUGUAUUCUUGAGACGCAAGAGCCAUUACAGGAUUUGGUUAGAGGUGUUCUGAAGAUAUUUUCUUCGAAAACGGCACCUUUGGGAGCAAAGGGUUGGAAGGUACUAGCAGUUUAUGAAAAAUCUACCAGAAGUUGGUCAUGGUGUGGCCCAGUUUUACAUAAUUCAUCUGACCAUGAUACCAUUGAGGAGGUGACAUCUCCUGAAGCUUGGGGCCUUCCUCAUAAGAUGCUUGUCAAGUUGGUCGAUUCCUUCGCCAAUUGGUUGAAAUGUGGUCAGGAUACUCUUCAACAAAUUGGAAGUCUCCCUGAACCACCCUUGGCAUUGAUGCAAGGCAACCUUGAUGAGAAGGAAAGGUUUAGGGACUUGAGGGCCCAAAAGAGUCUCAACACCAUAAGCCCAAGUUCAGAGGAAGUUAGGGCUUAUUUUCGCAAGGAGGAAAUUCUUAGAUACUCAAUUCCAGACAGAGCAUUCUCAUACACUGCAGCUGAUGGUAAAAAGUCUAUUGUGGCUCCUUUGAGAAGAUGUGGUGGUAAGCCAACAUCAAAAGCCAGAGACCAUUUUAUGUUGAAACGUGAUCGCCCACCACAUGUUACAAUUCUCUGUCUAGUAAGAGAUGCAGCUGCUAGGUUGCCUGGAAGUAUUGGUACUAGAGCAGAUGUCUGUACAUUAAUUCGAGAUUCUCAAUACAUUGUUGAAGAUGUCUCUGAUGCACAAAUUAACCAAGUAGUUAGUGGAGCCUUGGAUAGAUUGCAUUAUGAACGUGAUCCUUGUGUACAAUUUGAUGGGGAAAGGAAACUGUGGGUUUAUUUACAUAGAGAAAGAGAAGAAGAAGAUUUCGAGGAUGAUGGUACGUCAUCCACAAAGAAAUGGAAGAGGCAGAAAAAAGAUGUACCUGAUCAAUCUGAUCAGGCAGCAGUAACUGUUGCUUGUAAUGGGACUGGAGAACAAAGUGGAUAUGAUUUGUGCUCUGAUCUCAAUGUCGAUCCAUCAUGCACUGAAGAUGAUAAGGGAGCAGUCCAACUUCUGCCCAAUGAUACAAGGCUGAAUGCAGAGGAUCAUGUUGUUGUCAAUCCUGUUUCUGUAGAAGGCAAUGUUUGUGAGGAUAAUUCAAUGGCUUGGGAGACUCUUGAUUUGAAUCCUACUCGUGAGUUAUGCCAAGAAAAUUCAACAAAUGAAGAUUUUGGUGAUGAGUCCUUUGGGAGAGAAAGGCCUGUUGGACUACUAAGUGCGAGCUUAUUGUGAAGAAUUCUGCAGGCAUCGGUCCAUCCGCAUUCAAGAGUUCAAUACCCACUGGUUGUAGCUGUGCUUGUGUAUAAUGCAGUGCAGUAUCUCUGUAUAUUGAUUCGGUCUGAAAGAAUAGGAUAGAAUGUGAUCUUGUUGAAGAUCAUGGAAUCUGGUUAGAUUAGCUGAAUGUUUUUGUGGCUUUACUUUUCAUAAAUAAUAAUACUUUUUGGUCUCGAUAUAAAAUGAUAUCAUUUUGCUUCUUGUGUGAUGGAUCAAGAAGCUCAAGCGGCGCUAUUUAUUGUAUUGAUAUCAAAUUCCUUAUUUUAUGUGUAUAUAUAUACACGGUUCAAUUAAGACAUGAUGUUGGUAGUACAUCCAAUAAAUCUGUCAAUCGAAAUGAAUAGGACAUAAUAUUAAUUA